AUGAACAAACCAUCAACAAAGGCAUCAUCAUUAGUAGCAACUGAGUAUGAACUUAAUUCUAUUCAAGAAGAUAAUCUUUGUAAUAAUGGCAAUAAUUAUGCGAAUGGAAAUGUAAAAGGAAUGAAUGUAAAUAACAACAAUAUUAUUGGUUAUGAUUAUGAUUUUGAUGAUAUACCAACAACCUCGAUAGAAAAAUAA